AUGGAGAUCAAAGCUAAGGAAGGCCUGACAUACUGCCAAUUUAAAGCGAGGAAGAAGACCCCAGUGAUGGAAAGAAUUUCAUACUCAAAGAUACGUAAUGAUAUGUAUGUAAAGAGAUUUCUCAAGCUUGAAGCUACCAUUCUGUACUCAGAAAUUAGUCUUAAAAAUUAUUUCUUGCUCAAAAAGACCAAGUUUUCUGUUAGGAUAAGCCAAAUCUUAAAGACGCUCGACACAGUUAAUCAGGAGCUCAUUGGCACUAAUUGGAGCUCAAUCAUUAUACAGGAUCAGAAGAUACAACAAAAAGUCAAGAUUCUUAAGGAGACGAUAAAUGAAAUUUUUGGGAACUAUGAAUAUUUGUUUAAAACUGAGUUUGAAGAGAAGAAAAAUUCCAACACUUUAGAUAGUCAUGGAUCGCUUGGAUCUUUGACGAAUCAAUUAAUUGAUAAAGGUUUAAAACUUAAGAGCGAUUCUAGACCAGCUACUCCCUUCUUUGCUCAGCUAUCUUCUUCUGAAGAUUGUGGAGAAACUACAAGUAAACUAUCUAAAUAUAUUGCCGUCCAAAUGCAUGUACAAAAUAAAUUAAAGCAACUGAGUAUUGAAAUUUGGCAAGCGCGCAGUUCUAAACUUUCAUUUGAGAAGAAUACAUUCGGCAUCCAACAAGAUGUUGAAUUAAAAACAUACUGGGCUCAUAAAGUUACACCAAUGAAGAAAGAGAAGUUUAUACCUUUAUCAAGCUGAGGAAUCUUAAAAAUUAGAACCUCCUUUUCAGGUAGAGAGAAUUUGAAAAAUAUUUAUAAUAUUUCUGCCUUGUUUCCUCAACACUGUGAAGCUUUGGACUUUGGGUUCAGGAAUCACACUAAUGUCCAGAGAUGCAUGUCUCUAAUACUGAAAAUGAGUUGUCUCACAAUGCAGUCAAUAUAUUUUAGCUACUUCAAAAUGAAUGAAUCUCAAUUGAAGAAAAUACUCAUGGGAAAUAAGUAUAAGCUCAGAAUUGGAUUUUUGUGUUGCAAUUUUCCUCUAAAGACAGUCCUUGACCUUGAAGCCUGACUAAGCGAGACUUCUAUUCAAGAGAUAGAGCUGAGAGAAUGUAGAAGUAUUGGAGGCAAAACAGCACAGAUGACAUCUGAAGAAUUAGGAACUUUACUAAAGUCUCUGUCAAAUUCAGAUCUGGUGCAUACUCUUCACAAAAUUAUCCUAGACAAAGAUGAAUUUACAAGGAAAGAUGUAACUGAAGUCUUCAAGAAAAAUGGUUUGGGCCAUAUAGAGAUAGAACUAUAUAAGCCUAAGUAAUAUUUUGGUAAUAAGAACAAGCGAGGUUUGUAAAUCAUAAUGAGUUUCAGAUAGAUGUAGCUUAGAUUAGGCAAAGAAACGCCUAAGGGUAAAUAC